UCUUUUGAGCCCUAAAACUGAGUCUGAGCGCGAAGAAAAUGGAUCGGUACCUUCUGCUAGUCACCUGGAGGGAAGGAAAGUUUCGGUCGGUGGCGGGUGGGGAGAUCGAGCCAGGGACUGAGGCGUCGUCCCUGGAGAGCACCGAAAAACAGACUCACUUGACAGCAACCAAUAUUUACAACCUCUUGAAGAGAAGUAUCAAUGACUCAAUCUAUCCAGAUGAUAGUACUUUCCCUGCUUGUUCAGUGGGUGGCACACCUCAUUCCAGGAAGUGGUUCUUUGCCAUGCAAGCAAUAUGCGGAUUUUAUCAGUUUUGUAGUUCUGAUUGGCAAGAGAUACAUUUUGAUGCUGAAAAAGAUAAAAUUGAAGAAGUUCUUCAAGCAAAUAUAGAAGACUACCAGAAUUCUGUUGAGUGUUUUGAAGAAGAUGAAAGUAAUAGCAGGGAAUCCUUAUCCUUGGCUGACCUAUAUGAAGAAUCAGCAGAAAAUUUGCAUCAGUUAUCAGACAAGCUUCCUGCUCCUGGUAGAGCAAUGAUAGACAUAAUACUAUUGCCUUCUGACAAAGAUCCUCCUAAGUUAAAAGAGUGCUUGCCCACUGUAGGGGCCUUGAAACAUCUAAAGGAAUGGCAUUCAGCAAAAGUUACCAUAGCAGGAAAUCACUGUGAAAUAAAUUGUCAGAAGAUUGCAGAAUACCUUUCAGCUACUGUUGUACCAUUAGAGGAGUUCAGAAAUGCUGUUGACUCAAGAGAACUGUGGAGGGGAGAGAUCCAGAUGCGGGAAAGAAAGUUUGGAUUUGAAAUUAGUUUUCCUGAAUUUUGUUUAAAAGGAGUUACAUCUACGAAUGUUAGUGCAUAUAAUUUUAAUACCUGCUUUCUUGCCCAAAAGAUAACAUCAUCAAAGGAUAAGAAUAUUUUGCCUAAGGUUUUCCAUUACUAUGGUCCUGCUUUAGAAUUUGUACAGAUGAUAAAAUUAUCAGAUCUUCCCUCCUGUUAUAUGUCAGACAUCGAGUUUGAGUUAGGGGUGACCGGAAGCUGCCAGAGGCGGAGUUCCACGCUGCUGUUGGAGCAGAUCUCUUCUUUGGGUGGCAAGGUUGGUGCUCUUUUUGUAUUGCCAUGUACUGUUAGUCAUGUACUUAUUCCACCUCCUAACCAACUGGCUUCAAGAAAGUGGAAGGAAUACAUAGCUAAAAAGCCUAAGACAAUUAGUGUUCCAGAGGUUGAUGUGAAAGGAGAGUAUUCCAACUAUUAUCUGCUAUUGCAAGGCAAUGGCAAGAGAAAAUGCAAAGCCACUUUGCUUCACUCGGCCAACCAGAUCAAUGGCUCAUUUGCGCUCAGCUUCAUGCAUGGAAAGAUGAAAACAAAGACAGAAGAAGCCAAAUUGAGCUUUCCUUUUGACUUCUCAUCACUCCCAAGUUUUUCUGAGGAGCAGAUUUUACAGAGGGAGAAACAGUUAGGCAGUGCUCAAGCUUUGGCGUUGAAAGAAUGUCUGAAAAGAAGAAAAAUUGCAAACCAGCCUGAAACAAUUUCUCCUGAUGAACUCAAAAGCCUGUUGGUGCUCACGAGGGGGCGCUUUUUAGAUCAUUUUGAUGCUCUCACCCCCAAAGCAGUUUUAACACAAACAGACAAAGUGAAAACUGCUGGCAUGGCAAAUGAUGCCAGUACAGUCGAACCUUAUUCUUCAACUCUAAUGGAAACCAAUCCUCUGGAAUGGCCAGAAAGACAUGUUCUUCAGAAUUUAGAAACUUUUGAAAAAUCUAAGCAAAAAAUGAGAACUGGCUCAUUACCUCGUUCAUCUGAACAGUUGCUGGGCCAUAAAGAGGGUCCCCGGGACUCAAUCACAUUACUGGAUGCUAAAGAAUUGCUGAAAUAUUUCACCUCGGAUGGAUUACCAGUCGGAGAUCUUCAGCCAUUACAGAUUCAAAGGGGGGAAAAACCUUUCGUUCUGACACCAGAACUUAGUCCUCGGAAACUUCAGGUCUUACCUUUUGAAAAAGCCUCAGAAUGCCAUUACCAUGGAAUUGAAUAUUGCUUGGAUGACCAAAAAGCUUUAGAAAGAGAUGGGGGAUUUUCUGAACUUCAAUCUCGUCUUAUUCGUUAUGAGACCCAGACCACCUGCACCAGAGACAGUUUUCCAGUCCCCACUGUGUUGAGUCCUCUUCCAUCCCCGGCAGUUCUGUCAGAGCCUCGGAGUGUCCCUGAUGGAGAAGCACUACAAGGCGAACUCCGAAGUGAAGUUUCUGGACUGAAACGGAGAUCUAAAGAGGCCAGCUGCCUUUACCCCCAGAAAAGACUUACAAAAUCAGAAAGUUCUGAUUGUCUGCUUUCUCACUCAAGUUGCAAUAGCAAUCAUUAUCGUCACUUGGGGACAUCCAGAAAGCCUCAGGCAGAGCGAUGUGUGUCCGUGCUUCCAAUUCCUAGUCGCGAAGCUUCCCAAGUCACUACAAAGAUCAGCUCAGGACAAAAAAGUGUACACACAUCGAAGUCAUCAAAGCAAGUUAAGGAAUCACGAUCACAGAAACAUACACGGAUGCUGAAGGAAGUGGUGACAGAAACCCUAAAGAGGCACCGCAUCACUAGGAACCAUGAGAGCUUUGCUGCCUGCAGCCAGAGACUCUUUGACAUCUCCAAGUUCUACCUAAAGGAUCUUAAAACAUCAAGGGGUCUCUUUGAAGAAAUGAAGAAAACAGCCAACAACAAUGUGGUGCAGGUAAUCGAAUGGGUGUUAGAAAAGAUGAGCAAGAAAUAAGCUGUUAUUUCUUCCAUUCAUUAGAAAACUGUGCAUAACCUGUAAACUUUAUGAAGAAUAGAUGCUACUCUUGUAAAGAAGAUCCUUAGUGUCCUGUAUUUACAUAGUUUUAGUGACACACAGUUAAAGUAUUU